ACAACAAAGUCCGCGUGCGCCCCGAGGUUCCUCGUAGGAAAAGUGUGUCCUGGGGUCUGGGCGCACCUUUGCUAAAUGUGAGGGACUACCGAGAGGAUGGGAUGGAUCUAGGCAGUGACGCCGGCAGUAGCAGCAGCAGCCGCGCCAGUUCACAGUCCAACUCCACGAAAGUGACCCCCUGCUCCGAGUGCAAAUCCUCAUCGUCGCCGGGGGGCAGCCUGGACUUGGUGUCUGCCCUGGAGGACUAUGAGGAGCCUUUUCCGGGCUACCAGAAGAAGGUGAUUGAUGAAUGGGCGCCGGAGGAGGAGGAAGAGGAGGACGAGCGAGGGUGCCGGGAUGACCGGUGUGCGGCUCCAGGGCCUGGGGACGUGAGUGCCAGGACCGGCGGCAGCGGCCGGGGCAGGAGCACCACCACGACCAUACCGCCCCCGAUGCCCAACGGCAACCUCCACCCACACGACCCCCAGGACCUCAGGCACAAUGGCAAUGUGGUGCUGCCUGGCCGGCUGAGCGGUACCCGGGUCCCCCGCCGGGCAACCCAGAAGCCCCAGCCGGCGGUGAGUCGGUACGGUGGUCGGGGCCCGGCGGCUGGGGGGCUCUGUCUCCAACCUCCGGACGGCGGGACUUGCGUCCCAGAAGAGCCUCCUGCACCUCCUAUGGACUGGGAGGCAUUGGAGAAGCAUCUGGCCGGGCUGCAGUUCCGGGAGCAGGAGGUGCGAAACCAGGGCCAGGCGAGGACCAACUCCACCUCCGCACAGAAAAAUGAGAGAGAGUCUAUCAGACAGAAGUUGGCACUUGGAAGCUUCUUUGAUGAUGGCCCAGGAAUUUAUACGAGCUGUAGCAAAAGUGGGAAGCCAAGUCUUUCUUCUCGAUUGCAGAGUGGGAUGAACCUGCAGAUAUGCUUUGUCAAUGACAGUGGCAGUGACAAGGACAGCGAUGCUGAUGACAGUAAGACUGAAACCAGCUUGGACACUCCCUUGUCUCCCAUGAGCAAGCAGAGUUCUUCCUAUUCUGAUAGAGACACCACUGAAGAAGAGUCAGAAUCCUUGGACGACAUGGACUUCCUCACAAGGCAAAAGAAAUUGCAAGCUGAAGCCAAGAUGGCCCUUGCCAUGGCCAAACCAAUGGCCAAGAUGCAAGUAGAAGUAGAAAAACAGAACAGGAAAAAGUCACCUGUUGCUGAUCUUCUGCCACACAUGCCUCAUAUAAGUGAAUGCUUAAUGAAAAGAAGUUUAAAACCCGCCGACCUGCGAGACAUGAGCAUUGGGCAGCUACAGGUGAUAGUCAACGAUCUGCACUCGCAGAUUGAAAGCUUGAACGAGGAGUUGGUCCAGCUGCUUCUCAUCCGGGAUGAGCUGCACACCGAGCAGGACGCCAUGCUGGUAGACAUCGAAGACUUGACCAGACACGCUGAAAGUCAGCAAAAGCACAUGGCAGAGAAAAUGCCUGCAAAGUGAGAAGAAGCCACCCAACCAGAGGACGAGCUAGAAUUUAUUUUGCUUCUGUGGUUGUAAAAAUGCUGUUACUAAAAGGUGGCGCAGAAACAAAUAAAUAUCAGUGUUAGUCAUUGAUAAUGUCUGAAGCUUAAUGUCCAGUGAUUGGCCUUUGCUUCUUAAUUUAUUUUAAUUUUUUUACUUGUGCCACUUAAUAUCAGGCAUUUUAAUAAGAUAUUGUUACAAAAAAUGUACAGUACUUACACCAUCACAAAUCAUGGUAAAUCAAGGAAGGUAGUUUUAACUUUAUUUUUAUUUGUUUAGAGAUUUUAAGUUGGAGCGGUAUUUACCAUUGACUACUUCCAUUCUUCACUGUAGUUUUAAAGAACUGUAAAUGACGGUGCUAUACAAGUCAAAAAAUACAUGCCUGCCUCGUAGUGAAGUUGUAGCUCUCCGUAAUAUGUAUAUUUUAAUCAGUUUUCAACAUUUUGUGAAUGUUGACUAUCUGAAGUUCAUUUUUAGACGUGCUAUUAACAUUCUGUUGGAUUCAGAGGGUUCCUUGGAAGUUUUAUGUAUAAAUAAUGUAAAAUAAAAAUUAAAACUUUGUUUCAUAUGAUA